AUGUAUUCGAACACCUCCAAGAAGCCAGUCAUCGCUGUCGUCGGCGCCGGUCCAGGCAUAGGCGAAGCCGUCGCCCGUCGCUUUGCAGUCGAAGGCUUUGUUGUCGCGUUGCUUGCUCGCACAGAAGAAACACUCAAGGUCAUGGCCGACGGAAUGAACAGCGACAUAGGAGAAGACACGGCACAUUACUACAUCACGGAUCUUCGAGUCGAAAGCACUGUCCUAUCUAGCUUCCAAAGAAUUCGCGCCGACUUGGGGCCUGUGGAGGUGCUGGUCUACAACGCUGGCGCUCGUCGAGUCAACGGCCGCUCUAUCCUCGACACAACGACCGACGAGUUCGAAAACUUCACCAAAAUCAACCUUUUCGGCGCCUUCUGGUCCAGCAAAUGUGUGCUCCCAGAUAUGCUCGCAGCUGGAAAAGGUACAAUCCUUUUCACAAGCGCCACAGGUGCCUUACGUGGUAUGCCUGGACUCGCCAGCUUCUCUUCCGGCAAGUUUGGAUUGCGAUCGCUAUGUCAAGUUCUCACGCGGGAGUACCAAAGCAAAGGCAUCCAUUCUGUCAAUAUCAUCGUUGACGGACCAGUUGACGGGAAGCUCAUUGGAGGCGUGAGCAGAAGAAAAUGGCAGCGAGCUGGCGAUGAUGAGAAGUUGAAGGACCCAGAGUCUUACUUGUUACAGCCCACCGAUCUGGCUCACACGUACUGGUUCUUACACACGCAACCAAGGAGCACCUGGACGCAGGAACUCGACGUUCGGGCGAUGAAGGAGACGUUAUUCACAAAGCUUUGA